AUGUGGUCAAAGAUUAGUGGCGUACUGAAGCGUCCUGGAGCACCAUCACUGGGUUUCGACCAAGACGAAGAGCCACAUACCGAUGUCCUGGCAGGUGUGUUUGAACAACACCCCAACUUGUCUGUUUUCCGCGAAUCUUCGGAAAUACCUUUCCCAUCCCCGAGUCCUCCGCCUUCACCGUCAAAGCAAGGCCGUCAUGCACUGCUCAAGAAGGUCAAGGGUCCUAUUUUUGAGUCUUCCCCGUUGAAGAUCCAACUACCCAAGAAAGUAAAGUCCUCUUUACAAAGUAAUCCUAACGCCUCUGAAGUCUCACUUAGUCGUCCUUCCAUAGAUUCCGACAACAAACCACUCCCGUCGACACCUACCACAGAUACGAAAUUUGGUUCCAUUCGCUCUAUCUUACGUGACCGAAAUACGCCGGCGACGGGCCAAAGCGUACGUUUCUUCUCGCGCGAUGCCUACAAGGUUCUUAGUCCAGACUCGACGGAGGACUCAACGCCCGAGGACAUGUGCUUCUCGGCUGGCAUUCAACGAAGCACACCAGCACGUCCACAUGCGCAAGAUCUGUUUUCAUCAGCGUUUGAUCUGUCGCAACCCACAAUUCCUGCAGCGGCACCAUUACUCGACAGUGCCAUCGAGGUCGAGGAGGACGAAACACAGAACACGGCGUUAAAGGAGAGUACCGAGGUGCCUGUGCUUGAGAGCGCUCCUGAAAUUCAUGAGCAAGAGCUUAAGCAGGAGGACGAGCAGAUACUACCCUUCAGCUUCGGCCAGCGGGUGUUCCACGUACGGAAUGGGAGCUCUCAGAGCCGCGCGGAGACUCCGCAGCUCGACCGCUCAUUGGAGACCGCGGACACGGACGACCGCGAUGAAGACGAGCCACCAGUGCCGCCAUCACACGACCGUAGUCUAUCGUUCAGCUUUGGCCAGACGAUGUUCCACUCGCUGCGGGAGAGUUCACGGAGCCGUAGCCGCGCAUUGAGCGACACGGUCUUUCGGUCGAUGCGCCCCGAAGAGGAUAUCAAGGACGAAUCCUCCGCGGUCGUCGUGUACGCUCCGCCUGAGCAGGAGAAGGAAAAGGAAAAGGACCCCUUCGGCGCGAAUGCGACGACUUACUACACUCCCGGCACGAUCGUUCCCCCGACACCGCCACAACCAAUGCACGUGCGCACCGCGUCGAAGGACGAGGAUAUCAUCUGGUCGCUGCGUACACAACUUGCCCUGCAAUCAGAGUUAUGCGUGCAGUUCGAGGUCGAUCUCGGCGCACGCGACGAGCUCGUUCGCGUGCUGGGCGCCCGGCUAGAAGCCUCCGAGGAGGAGUGCGAACGCAGGAAGAACGCCGUCCGCAGCUGGCGCAAGCGUGUGUCUGAGCUCGAGCGAUGUGUGCGGGGUCUGCAAGACGAGGUCGACCGAAGCCGGGAGGAAAGUGUCGAGAGAAGCGUGAUGGACGAGGCCAGUGGGGAGGCUCUGCGCAUGCUGCAUCGACAGAUCGAGGAGCUGGAGCGUGAGAAGAGCAGUGGGGUUGAAGAGCUCAAGAAGACCAGAGAGGAGCUGCAACGGCGAGACCGGAGCGAGCAAGAGUUAAAGGCUGGUAUCAAGGCAGCCAAGGAAGAGAUGGAGCAGAUGGGCAAGCAGGAGGACAAUAAGGACACAUUGAAGCAGGACGACACUCAGCGGAUGGUAGCCUGGGAGGAAGAGCGAGCCCAGCUCGUGCGAAUGAAUGACGCUCUACGAAAUGAGCAGAUAUCUCUUCAGAGUCAGCUGGCGAACGCACGGGAGGAAACUUUACGCAAGGAAAGCGAGAUGAGCGUCGUGAAGUCGGAGCUUGAGGCGCAGUGGAAGCAUACUGAAACUUCAGGCGGGAAGGAGCAGGAGCUUGUGCGAGAGAGGGACAGUCUCAAAGCCGAAGUGGACGCGCUCAACGAGCGGAUCUCCGGCAUGGAGGUUGACUGGAACCAAACGGAGAACAAGAAGGACGAGCUGGAGAGCGAGAUCCAGGACUUGUGGACUGCGAAGGAGGAGUUGGAACAUGAACGAAAUGAUCUCGAGGACCAGCUCCGUGCCGAAAACGAACACGCGAAUGACCUCACACGAGCUCUUCAAGAGCGGGAAGAUCGCGUUACGGCACUCGAGCAAGAAAAACAAUACGUGCUUGAUACUGUCUCCCGACUGGAGGGUCACAUCCGUCAACGCGAUGCGGAUGUUGCAGAGCUCAACAAACGUCUCACAACACGGGAGGCGGAAGCUGAGUCUGCACAGGAGGAGAUGUCGCGAAUGAAACGCGAUCAUGCACGCAUUGUGAACGAACAAAGCCGCACGCUGCAAGAAGUCGUCGCCCGCGAAGUGGAGGCACGUGCAGGACUCGAGGAAGUUAUCCGCUCGAAGGCAGACACCGACGUGUCGCUCGGCUCUCUCAAGGAGCGUGUCAGUGCACUGACGGAGGAGACGGAGCGCCUCAGGCGUCAGGUGCACGCGUUACAGCAGGAGAGUGCCGACAAGGAAGUGCGGCUCACCAACUUCGCGAAGCAGCGUGCACAGGACAAAGAAGACUUGCAGGGCCUUAAUAUCGCUCUGGAUUCCAAGCAGCAGGAACUGGAACUGCUCAAGCGACGGAUUGGCGUACGAGGCACAGCAGGUGGUACACCUGCACAAGUUCCGAAGGCGCCUCACCACCGCCGAGAGUCAUCAAUCUUCGGCACUCCCGCAUUGGCAGGCUCACGGCCACCGUCCGUUCUGUCUGAUGCAGGGAGCUCAGUUAAAGAUCGCAAGUUGGUCGAGACGCCUUCGACAAUCACCAAAUCCACGCUCGGAAAGACUACGCGUCAAAAUGGUGUCUCGACACUCACAGCGAGACGGUCUGUGGAAGGCUCGAUGGGUCCUCCACCUGGCCGUGGUACUGGAGCGACCUCUGCUGCUGCAACCCCAACGCGCAUACCAUCUGGCUCGCGCGUUCCCCCGAGUAGCCUUCGAACAGCCGUUGCCCAACGCCGCGCCUCUACUUCAGUUGCGGAACCCUCGCGUCUGCGGUCAACGUUUUCAAGCCGUGAAACGCUUGCAUCCGUCAGCGCUUCCAGCGAGAGUGACGAGAAGGAGAAGGAAAACACUGCGCCACCGGAGAAGACGCCAAGGCGUAUGAGUGCUGUGCCUGCGUGA